AAAGUCGAUUUUCAUCAAAACCGCAAGAACGGUGCAAUACUAAUCAAGUAAUCGCACUUGAUAACGUAAGUGUACGUGUAUACAGAUAACUUGGGUUUGCCUCGACGCAAUCGCCAUCUCCAAUGCCGCAUCGUCAAUGCGGUUUCUUUCACUAAAUCGCGGACACGGACUGCUUAGUGCCAUAGAUAUCGACAGAUAACUCUUAUCAUGGACAUUUAUCAUAUCGCAGUAAAAUCGAUUCCGCGAGGUUAUUCGAUUUUCUCUACGCCAGUUUAGUCAUACGUUACAAGGCAACGAAGAACCACCUCUACUAUGAAGCUCGAUUCUCGACCGACGACAACAGCAAUAAUUCUGCUGGUGCUGACCCUAAGGACGGGAUUCUCCCUCGGUCAGCAAAGUGUUUUUACCGGAAGUCAGCAGGAAGUGAAUAUAAAGUCAUUUCUGUCAGACAUUUGUGAUAACAACUCGUCUCUGAUGAAUGCCAUGGUGAAAUCACUCGGCACAGAGUAUAUCGACCGCAACUUGCACCAUCUUUGUACGGAAGGAACAAACGGUCUACUGAUUUGGAUUCCUGCGGAGAAUUCAGUCAACAUACCAGAUCUGAACAGUAAAUUACCCUACAUUGGCCGAGCAGCGGCAUCAGAGGACUUUUCCGGUUAUUGCACCUAUCAUCCAUCCAAUGGCACUUGCAGUAAUGAACACGGAGAUUUGAGCACACCUCUGAUGAUUCUUGGCGAAAAGUACCCGGAACGAUAUGAGCUGCGCGACACUACUUACAAAAAAUGGACUAAUUCAACGCUGUUGGGAUCACCAGUCCUUGCGUAUGCCACACUGAAAAACCGGGAGAUCUCGUAUAAAUAUGUUGAUCAGGAUAUUUCAUACCUAGCGGACACGCGCAUUGAGCAUCGGCUACCUGCAACAGUUAUUCCAGGGCUACCUCUGGCUAUUUACCGAGGCAAAGUCCAGGCUUACCAAGCCAUCACCGGUGAGACGUACUACAACCGGGUAUUCAAGACUAUCAAUGCAAUCCGUUAUAUGAGUCCCUAUACCCUUGUCAAUGUAACCGUGAUAGGCACCGAGGAAAGAGACUACCGGGAGUUUCGCGCCAAGCUAGUAAUAGUUUACUCCGACGAGGAAGGACUCAACUGGUCUCGGGUAUUGACAUCAAUCGAGGGCGCGACCAUUGAAACCUCUCUCACGAACACCCGGGUUCAAUAUGGACUGGUGGUGAACUCGAAGGACGAAUCUCAGCUGCCUAGCGGGGCAGUGCCGAGUUCCGAAGCUCCACAUACUGAUCACCAAUAUCCAGGACGACCUGUUAUGGCAAAGUCGGAAAACAUUCACAUUCAUAUUAAUGAGGUUGAGCUAGGUAAAGUUUAUCCAGGAUUUCGGCCGUUCGCCAUUGGUGCCGCGAUUAUUCUUUUCUCGGUGUUGGGAAUCGCUUUGAUCGAUAUUACCCGUCGUGUCUGUCGGAAUCGUCGGGCGAAACGACUCAACCUGGGCAAGUAUAAAUAUGUCAACGCUAGCUAACAGGUGCAAAAAAUUAGGCUUUCUUUACCGUUCCAUCCGAAUAUACCGUUGCAAUUAGUUAUGAUAAAAUACUUAAUUAUUUAAUUUAAUCUAUCUAUUAGUGUAAUGCCAUUUGUUCAUUCCAAUUUCAUUCGUAUAGAAAAAAUAAAUAUUAGUACGGCUAA